AGGGUAAAUGGGUAAUUAACUCCACAACACUCAUCAAUAACAAAGUUAGCAAGCCGAGGUCUUUGAGGGUUAACAGAAAUGGCUAUGGCGUCCUGCUGUGGUUCAUACAAGGAAUACGACAUCAGAAAACGGAACCCAAACCCUAAAAAUUCGGUUCUCUUAGUAAUCGAUAUGCAGAAUUACUUCUCCUCCAUAGCCAAACCCAUAAUCCCCGCCAUCACCACCACUAUCGCCCUCUGCCGACGAGCCUCCAUUCCAGUAAUCUUCACGCGCCACUCCCACAAGUCCCCCGCCGACCACGCCAUGCUCGGCGAGUGGUGGGGGGGCGACCUCAUUCUGGACGGGACGACAGAGGCCGAGCUGAUGUCGGAGAUCGGGCGGAUGCCCACCGACAAGGUGGUGGAGAAGACCACAUACAGCGCGUUCAGGGGCACGCGCCUUGAGGAGUACUUGGCGGAGAGGGGCGUGGAGGAGGUCAUCGUGUCGGGGGUGAUGACGAACCUGUGCUGCGAGACGACGGCGCGUGAAGCGUUUGUGAGGGGCUUUAGGGUGUUCUUCUCCACGGACGCCACGGCGACGGCGACGGCGGAGAUGCAUGAGGCGACGCUGAUGAAUAUGGCUUAUGGAUUUGCGUAUCUGGUGGACUGUGAUCGCCUGGACACGGGCCUGUUUGGGAAUUAGUAGUAGAUAUCAAGGAAACAGAGAAGAAUAUACAUGAAAAUGAAGAUCAUGAGAUUGUCAAGAAUUGAGGCAGACCUAAAAAGGGAAGGAAGAAAGCUAUCUGCUUUUGUUUUUGUGCAGGAAAAAUAGAAUUUAUCUCCAACUCAUAUAGCCAAUGACGUAGCUGAACAGGGGAUCUACACAGUGUUGAAUUAAAAACAGAAAUUAUAGAAACAGGGAAGCUAGGCAUUAAAAAUUACAGAAGCAGAACUUUGUCAUCUGGAAAUCAAUCACCAAUGCUAAGAUCCCAAUGGAAGCUGCACUGAGGUAGCAGCUUGCAUAUAUAUAUAUAUAUAUAUAUUUAUUAGUUUCAAAAGUAGAAACAUAUAUUAAGUCCACAAGAGUUGUCUUUUGUGAAUGAGAUGAUCUCUGCUUCCAUUUUGUGAUAUAAAA